AUAGUUCUCUCGCUAAAGCUUUUUUUUUUAUACAAUAUGGUCACCUACACUGAAGUAUCUCGUAAAAGAGAAAGAACUGACUCUGACUCAGAACUUGAUCCAGUAACAUUAAGGAAAAUUCAAAAAGUUGGAUCCGAAGAACCUGAAACAGAAUCAAAGGAUGCCCCAAUCAUAUUAUCAAGAUCUCAAUCAGUGCUUCUGGUAACAGACCUUAAAGAACCACUUGCAAUUCAAUCACACCCAGUCCCAGAAAUCUCUCCUAAUGAAAUUCUUGUUCACAACAGAGCCAUAGGUCUUAACCCCAUUGAUUGGAAAGGAAAGAAGUAUGGGUUUGGUAUUUAUCAUUUCCCCUGGAUUAAUGGACGUGAAUCUUCAGGUAAGGUCGUUCAUGUUGGUUCAGAAGUCAAGAAUGUUAAAGCUGGUGAUGAUGUUAUUGUCAGCAGUACUAGUUAUCGUGAUAACCGUACCAGUACCUUUCAAGAAUACACCGCUAUUGACUCAAGAUUAGUAUGGAAAUUACCAAAGAGUUUAACAUAUGAGGAAGGUGCUACAAUUGGUGUGGGUCUAGUUACUGCUGGUAUCAUAUUCUACAAUAGUUUUGGUUUCCAAUUGAGUGAAAUCCCGGAACAAGCUGAUGGUUACUUGUUAAUAUGGGGUGGUGCUACUGUUGUUGGGAUUUAUUUAACACAAUUGGCAAAAUUAUAUGGCUUGAAAGUUAUUAGCAUUGCUAGUUUGGACCAUAAGGAUUACUUGGUUAGUUUAGGAGCUGACCAUGUCAUCAACCGUCACUUAACUGAAGCACAAAUCGUUGCCAAAAUCAAGCUGAUUGUUGGUGAAGAAGGUAUUAAGUAUGGUGUUGAUUGUGUUAGUAAGCAAACUUCUACAAUCGUGCUUGAUAUCCUUGAUCAAACUAAAAGCUCAUUGUCGACAGAGCCUGCACAAUUUGCAGGUAUAGUAGGUGUUCCUAAAGAACAUCCAGAAAGCGUUGAAAUAAAAGAAGUGGUUAUCAAACGAUUCCAUGAAGAUUUGAAAUUUGGAGAGCAAUUUAUCACUGCUACUAGUCAUUUCUUGAAUAAAAGAUUGAUUAAACCAGUAAGGUAUAGGCACUACAAGGGUGGACUUCAUAUCAUUGACAAUGCAUUAAAAGAUUUAGAGAACAAAGGGGCAAAGGGGGAAAAAUAUGUAGUUAGUAUAUAGGCUUUAUAUUUAGAAUCAUAUGGCUUGUUCUUGUUCCUCAUCACUAUCAAUUGUAAAUUGUUGGUCAAUGCUUUUGUUUGUAGUAGAAUCAUUGUCCAACUCAUCCAAUUCAUAUCCAGUUUCCAAAUCGUCACUAGAUCCAACUGAAACAUAUUUUGCGCUAUUGUAUCCUGGAGUAAGCCUAACUAAUGACCUAAUUCCUUUCUUAAUCUUUUGAGAGAAAACCUUACGUCCCAUGCUACCCAACAUGAACCAACCAACAACAAAUAUUAAACCAAGGAAUAUGAAAAACCCGUACCAUCUAUGAGUGGUCUUACCGGAAAGGUCUUCCUCGUUCUGGUUUUCAUAAUCAUAAUUGUGAUACUUUUCCAGGUCACGAGGAGUAACAAAUACUGGUCGUGGAGAAAUACCAUUUUGUUCAGCACCAUAUUGGUAGACAUAUUCCAGAGGACUGUGAAAGAAACCAGGUCUCUUCAAUGUACCGUUGGUAUAAUUAUUGUAAGCUUGGACAUAUUCAUCAUUGGCAUAAAGCAUAGCUCUUCCCAAUGUCCAUGAAAAUGAAUUACCUCCUAAUUCUUCCACCAUUUGAAGUGAUUCAAAUCCCUUAUUAUUUUUAUUAGGAAUUUCAUCUAUACCAAAUCGAGGGAAUCCAAGUCCCAAGUGUAAGAAGUUAAGGAUCCAUGAUGUUUUGAAACAUAAUUCUGAUAAUUCAUCUUCGCUAAUUGGGGAUUUCCGCUUUUGAUUCAAUUCAAGUAGAGUAGACCAAGAUUCUGAACAAACUUUUCCAGUCUCUUUAAAAAUAAGUUGAUAGUCAUAACUACUCUUUUGAUCCUUGUCUCCUCUCUUGGUAUGUGUAGAAAGUAGUUCUUCAAUAGUAUUCCAAUAGCCACUUACUCCAAUAAAAUGGUUGACAUCAAAGUCAAAUGCAGGAAUCAAGUCAUUCAAAAGACAUGAACUAACUUCAUUAGCUUCACUAAACUGCUUACAGUUUCCUUUAGGAGUAGAUACUCCCCCAUGGGUAGAAUUCUGCAAAACUGGGAAAAUACUAGUUAAGCAUUCUUCAAACUUGCUAACCCCAAUGAAAUCAUAAGAAUAAUCGUCGAUUAUUUCCAGAGCAGUAUACCCCUUAGGUAAACAUGGGUCAUCUAUAGGUGAACGAUUUUUGCUUCCCCAAGGGAUGUUGUUUUCCUUGUUAAAUCGAUCUACCAAGGAAUGUAAAUAACGGGAAUGGGCUUGAUACAUUCCAAAUCCAAGGAAUGAAUCCGAAUAAACAUCGAAAUCAAGAGCUUUUGGUACCGAAUAUGUGGAAUUUAAAUUGCCCAAUCUUUUUGGGACUUGAUUCAAAUUAAUAUGAUACAAGUUAUUCUGGUGUUCUUGGAUUUCGGUAGAAUUAGGUUGGAACACUACUUGGGUCAGAGCACCACCCAUAUCUAACAAACCAUAUGUGGAAUGGUUUUUCCCGUGCUGAUGUUUCUGAGGAUUGUCGAACGAUCCAAUCAACGAGUUUAUUGAUAACCAGCCAUAUAAACCUUCAAAAUCACCGUCAAUGACACUGACAUGGGAUGCACAAUCGGGGAUAUAAAAGUCAGAAUUAUUCUGGAAGUACUUGCAAGUAUUCUGCAAGAGCUGUUGUUGUUCAGUUGGAGUCAAUAACCUCAUUCCAGCGGUAGCAUGAAGGAAAAUUGGGGUUCGGUAAUGUUGAGAUUUAGGCACGAUUUUAGCAGCACGCGC